GACAAGCAACGACCGCGAUAGUAGUUGCAGCAGAGAACAUUGCCGACAUCGCAAGGAUGGAGUCGCGAAAGAUUGGUGUGCUGGGUGCUGGGCAGCUGGGGCGGAUGUUUGUGGAGGCUGCCUCGCGGCUCAACAUCGAGGUGCACCUUUUGGACGUGGGGCCCUCUGCGCCGGCCAAGCAGAUCAGCAGCAAUCCACACCACAUUGACGGCAAAUUCAGCGACGCCGACAAGAUUUCGGCCCUCGCGCGGCAGGUCGAUGUGCUUACCAUUGAGAUCGAGCACGUUGAUGCGCAGCAGCUCCAGCGCGUGCUCGACCAAGGCCUCGUCAAGCAUGUCCAUCCGCUGCCGAGCACCAUCCGGCUGAUCCAGGACAAGUACGCGCAAAAGGUCCAUCUCACCCAGCAUGGCCUGCCCGUGGCCGAGUACAUGGCCGUGGGACCCGACGAGCGCGACCCUUCUUUGCCGGCGUCGUCGGCCAAGGAGCAGGCGGCGGGGAUCCAGGCAACAGGGCAGGAGUACGGAUACCCGAUCAUGGUCAAGUCGCGCACACAGGCCUACGACGGACGGGGCAACUUUGUCGUCCGCGAUCCGAGCCAGGCAGGCCAGGCAGUCGAAGCGCUGGGCGGCGGGAGCAGGGGCCUGUACGCUGAGAAGUGGGCGCCCUUCGAGCGCGAGGUGGCCGUCAUGGUCGUACGCAGCAGCAGUGGCGAGGUCCGGGCAUACCCCGCCGUCGAAACGGUGCACAAGGACAGCAUCUGCCACAGCGUGUAUGCGCCCCUGCGACAUGCCGAUGCGAGCGUAGAGGCAAAGGCGAGAGAGAUUGCAGAGCGGGCCGUGGCGACGUUUGGCGGAGCUGGUGUCUUUGGCGUCGAGCUCUUCCUCAUGAAGGAUGGCCAGCUGUACAUCAACGAGAUUGCGCCCCGGCCUCACAACUCGGGCCACUACACCAUCGAGGCGACCGAGACGAGCCAGUAUGAGAACCACGUGAGGGCGAUCUUGGGCUUACCGUUGGGCGGCACCAGGCUUAAAGUGGGCAGCGCCGCCAUGGUCAACAUCAUCGGCCUAGCAGACAGCGACGAGGACCCAGAGGCAGUGACCAAGACGCUGGCGCCCGUCGUGCGGAGCCUGAGCAUCCCGGGUGCGACGACGCAUCUCUACGGCAAGGCCGGCUGCAGGCGGGGCCGGAAGAUGGGGCACAUCACCGUAGUGGGCAACAGCGACGCGCAGGUUCGCCAGCGCUUGCAGCCCAUCCUCGACGCCCUCGAUGUCGCGACAGACACAGCAAAGAGCCCAGCGCACAAGCUGCCCAAGGAGCUCACCCUGGCCGGUGUCGUGGACCAGCCGUCGGUUUCCGAAGAAGCAGCAGCGGCAGCAGCAGCAGCAGCAGCAGCAGCGUCAAAGGCCACGAAGAGCGCCGCCGACUUUGCGCACCCGCAACCGCUCGUCGGCAUCAUCAUGGGCUCCGACUCGGACCUCGGCGUGAUGCUGCCCGCGGCCCAAAUCCUCAAGCGCUUCAACGUGCCCUUUGAGCUCACCAUCGUCUCGGCCCACCGCACGCCCGACCGGAUGCGCGACUAUGCCCGGUCGGCGCCGAGCAGAGGCCUACGGGCCAUCAUUGCUGGUGCCGGCGGCGCAGCCCAUCUGCCUGGCAUGGUAGCCGCCCAGACGGCGCUGCCCGUCAUUGGCGUGCCCGUCAAGGGAAGCACAUUGGACGGCGUCGACAGCCUGCACAGCAUCGUUCAGAUGCCAAGGGGCGUCCCCGUCGCGUCCGUCGCCAUCAACAACAGCACCAAUGCUGCCCUGCUCGCGGUGCGCAUCCUGGCAGCUGCUGACUCGACGUACCUCAAGGCCAUGGACGACUACAUGCGCGAGAUGGAGAACGAAGUGCUGGCCAAGGUCGACAGACUCGGUCACGAGGGCUGGGACUAUCAGGUCAAGAAGUAGAAAGCAAUGGUAUUACUAGCGAUAGAGGUUCAUC